UAUAACCCAUACCUCGACGGUCACCGCCAUGGCACCCACAAAAAAGGCAGGGCCAGUGCCCAAGACAAGAUCUUCUUCUUCGUCCUCAAAGGUCACCCUAGCCAAAGUCAAAGGCGAAAACUUCUAUCGAAAUGCGAAACAAGUUGCCCGACUAAAGAUGCUCAACGGCGGCAAGCCUGUACGAGACAAGGACGGAAAGAUCAUCCAAGCCGCUGCGUUUCAGAAGGGUGAAGACGAGACAAAACCAGGAAGGGUGCAGCCCGACAGGCGGUGGUUUGGAAAUACACGGGUUAUAUCGCAAACUGCCCUUGACCACUUCCGUACAAGUCUCUCAUCCAAGAAAGAUGAUCCCUACUCUGUCUUGUUGCGGCGGAAUAAGCUUCCUAUGGCGCUGUUGGACGAUGCCGCCAAUCCCAAUUUGCGGAAAAGGCCGCAUAUAGUGGAAACCGAACCAUUCAAGGAGACCUUUGGACCAAAAGCACAGAGGAAGCGACCGAGGAUCGAUGCUGGAAACUUUGAAGAGCUCAGUAAGAUUGGUGCCGCGGCCGUGGACGAAGCUGCAGCGGGAAGCGAAACUGUUAUAGAACCGCUGGCAUCCUCUAUUACUGAGGUGCAAACACAUGCCGACUACAAUGAACCUAUCUACGCAAAAGGAACCUCACGACGAAUAUAUGGAGAACUCUACAAGGUUAUCGAUUCUUCAGAUGUCAUUCUACAUAUCCUCGACGCUCGGGACCCGCUGGGUACAUUAUGCGAAUCUGUGCUAGAAUUUAUCAAGAAGGAGAAAGCCCAUAAACAAGUCGUUUUGAUCAUAAACAAGUGCGAUUUGGUACCCAAUUGGGUCACAGCUCGGUAUAUCCAGCACCUCACUCCCCGAUAUCCUACCAUCGCCUUUCAUGCCUCCCCUAACCACUCCUUUGGCAAAGGCUCCCUCAUUCAACUUCUGCGUCAAUUCUCCCAACUGCAUUCUGACAAGAAACAAAUUUCUGUCGGCUUCGUCGGCUACCCGAACGUAGGCAAAAGCAGUGUCAUCAACACCCUCAAAAGCGGCAAAGUAUGCAAGGUUGCACCUGUUCCGGGCGAAACCAAGGUCUGGCAAUACAUUACGCUUACACGGAGGAUUUACUUGAUCGAUUGUCCUGGGAUCGUGCCAACGUCUGCGCAUGACAGCCAGACGUCUACCGUUUUGAAGGGUGUUGUGCGUGUGGAGGCUUUGGCCACCCCGUCGGAGCAUAUCCCGGCUUUGAUGGAGCGAGUGAAGCCUUUGUAUCUCUCCAGGACGUACGGUGUCCCCCUCCCUAACGAGGACGACCCGACGCAAGCCUGGGAGCCAGAAGUUUUCCUAGAUAAACUAGCGCGUAUGAAGGGACGACUCCUGAAGCAGGGAGAGCCUGAUGUGGAUUCUGUUGCCAAAAUCGUUCUGAGUGACUGGGUGCGGGGAAGGAUACCGUUCUUUGUUCCUCCUCCUGAACGCUCGGAGGAGCUGAACAAGGCCGAAGCGAAGAAGAGGAAGGGCAAGGGCAAGGCCGUGGAGGCUGAGGCUGAGGAUACUGUUGUUCCAGGGGUGAAGCAGAAUCUGGGAUCGAUUAUGCAAAAGAAUUCAUUCUUGGCGGAGGACGUCAGGGCUCUUGAGCCAGAAGAUGCAGCCCAGGAUGAUGUGGAAGUUCAAGUAGACAGCAGUGAAGAUGCAGAGGAAGAACAGAAGGACGAAGCUGAAGAAGAGGAAGAAGAAGAUCUUACCUGGGAUGACGUGUUUGAAGGUAUCAAGGAGUCUCCAGAGGAACAAGUGGAACCUGAAGCUUCUGUAGAAAAUAAAGAGCCUCCUGCACCCAAGAAAGAGGCCCGCAUGAAAACAAACAAACACAAGGCCACGAAUUUCUACUCAAACGCGAAUGUCAAAAAUAAAAACCGUGAAAAGGCCGCACUGCUUAGGUCAUUGCCUGUUGGCAAAAAGGCAUCUGGCCAUCGUCGUAGAUGAGAUGAAUCAGACCACGUUUCUAGUGUAUAUCCGCUAUAGAUCUAUAUCUAGACUAGCCGUUUACAAGGUAUCAUAAUUCUACCUGUCUGCCCCGC